AUGUUGAGCGCAUACACGCAGUAUCGAACAAGAAACAUGGCAGCCUUCUACUGUGCUUUCCCCCGCAGACUCCUAAUGAAGUCUUUUUGGCGGCUUAGUUCUUCUCAAAAACUCUUCAGAAGCACGUUGUCGUUCAAUUUACUGACCAGAAUUCACGGAAAGGCCAAAUUCUCCAGAAAAGCGGUCGGUCAAAGUGAGGCGACUUUUGAGGCGAAUGGCACAAAUUGUAGUGAAAAUGUGGUCAGUGUUAGUACAAAUUCUUCUUUCGUCCACCCUGACAAACGAACGAUAUUUGUGGGGAAACUAAAUCCCAUAGCAACAGAAAAUUCAAUCAAGGUUUACUUCGCUCAGUUUGGAGAGGUGGAAGAGGUUUUUUUGAAAAAUCCCAAGAAGUUUAAACAAAUGUGGCCAUAUGCAUACGUGCAGUUUAAAGAUGUCUCUAGCAUGGAAAAGGUUCUCUCUCAAAGGCAUUUGAUUCACAUGAGAUACGUGCAAGUGGAUGCAGCUUAUAUGAAAAACUCUCAAAACAAGAUUUGCGUCUGCAAUGUUCCACAGGAAAUGACAACAUCAGAGUUAAAGGCGCAUUUUUCACAUUAUGGGGAAAUCCAAGACGUGAAGGUGGUCCUUAUGGUUAAUCCUCGCUAUUGCUUUAUUGAGUUUACAACCGCAGAUGCGGUGCUAAAAGCUCUUGAAAGUCCCAUCCAUAAAAUUGGUGAGAGCGAGGUAGUUGUGAAGAAGAGCAUUGAAAACGCGAAAAAGAUCCAUGUGAAAAGGAGAGUCUGUAUACAUGAAGUUCCAGAAGGGCUAACAUUGGAACAUUUGAAAGAUUACUUUGCACAGUUUGGAAGGUUAGCAUUUAUCGAUAUGAUUUUCAUGCGUAAUCACAAGCUGAAAAGAGACAUGGCAAUUUUGGCCUUUUUCAAUGACGAGCCUGUCCAAGUGUUAGAAAAAAAUUACCUGCACAUAAUUAAAGGAGAAGAGGUGAUGGUAAGGCGCGCCAGGUCUCAGGAUGGGAACAAGGAGCGUAACGUACAAAUCUUUGUGGACAAGAUUCCAGGUUGUGUAAAGAAGGAAGAACUGACACAGUAUUUUGAAGGAUUUGACGAUGAUGUUAUCCACCUCAGCAUGAAGAGGUGGGGAGGAAAAGAAAAUUUUCAAAGUGCAUUUGUUACUUUUAAGAAAAAAUAUACAGUUAACAAAAUUAUGGCCAAAGCUGAACAUUCUAUUGGUGCAAGACAGUUUAUCGUUAAAAGGUUUGGAUGGAGUGCUUGAGAGCUCUAACUUGUCAUUAAAUUAGGUGGACACAAAGUUUGUUUCUGAAUUUUACAAAAUAUGUUCAAAAGUUUCAUUCUGAUUUGCUGGGAGAGAUGAAGUUUUCAGGUAAUAUAAUGCAGGAGAUUAUUCAGUGGAAAAAAAAGGUAACAGAGUGUUUCACUGGGCAUUGAAAUUUUUUGCAGCUAAGAAACUUAAAGAGAAAGAAAGUUUUGUUUUUUGGUGAAUGUGGUUGUCUUGAUUUGAUGGCAAAGGGAAGACUGUCUUGCUCAUUGUGCCCGUGGGGAGUACUCCAUAAAGUGGAAAUAUUAAUUUUUCCUCUCUACCAUAACUAUUAUUUUGAUCACUCAUUUACCAAUGCUGUUUGAUUUUUACUUGGUCAUGAGAAAAGUGAUGCACACUUUGUAAAAUGUUCACCUUCCUUUUUAUUGUUUAAGUAAAUCAGAAAUAUAGGUAUGAUAUGGCUACAUUCACUUGCAUUUCUUCAAUAUGAAGUGUAUCAAUGUAAGAAUGUUUUGCAAGCAAACCAUGUUCAUGUGAAUUGAGGCUGCCCAGCUACCAUGACCAUGAGCACACACCUCCUUGAUCUAAAAUUUUACUGUGUCCAUAGAGUAUUUCAAGGAAUUUCACAUAUACAUGGAAGAAUAAUAACCUACGAUUGGGUAGUAGCAUACAGGCAAUUGUAAGAAAAGUUAAAAAUGGAUAGUUUGCAAAUUUCAGCCUAAAAAUAUAUUAUGCAUUCAUAUUCUCAAAAAUAAUGAAAAUGUUAAUUUUUUCAAAGUUCUUGGAACUCACUCUAAUUGCCUCCUAAACCAGUGGAAAAGAAUUGUGAAGUGUAAUUUUGUGACACUUGUUGUCCAAAUAAUAUCAAGGUAUACAUGUAAAAAUUGAAAUCGCUGUCAAGGAUAGAAGGGCAACUGCAGAAAUCUAGUUAAGGCAAAAUGAUAAGAGUUCCAUAACUUUUUUUAGUAAUUAAGAAGCUCUCCCUCACAAUACUUCGAAUUUCACUAGGAAAAAAAUUUCCAUCUAAUAGAUGGAAAUAGUGAAUUUUUUUUGAAGGGCAUAUGAGGGAAUUAAAAAAUUUGCAGUAGAUUUUCCAAGAUCUUCACACUGUCGUGUAGUUACAUGAUCAAAUCUUACUGUAAGUCAACUAAACUGCUCUAAAAUAUAUGACAAGAAUAAAUAAAUUGACUUUCCCUCCACAUGAAAGAGACCAACUUAAUAAAAGGAGUGAAAAUUUAAACCUAAUAGCUGCAUCAUGUGGGUUGCAGCAAGUUGAAAAUGGGAUUAAGGUUGCCACACUAUUGAAAACUGGAGUUUAAUUCAUUAGAAACAACCUCAGUUCCCAUAAAAUAAUUUGUCUUUCACUCACAAGCAAUGAUUCAGCAAUAGAAGUUUACACACAAACGGGCACUUGUGGCAUUGGAAAGUGCCAAAUGCCAUUCACCAUUACAUGAUUAUCUUCAAUACCCCUUUCUCACACAACCGCAGCUAUUG